AUGUCGGACCGCACCCUCAGCGUGCGCGCCACGUUCGUGGGCGACGCCAGCCGGCCGGCGCUGCGUCUGGCCACGGUGCGGCCCGAGGACGCCGCCCUGUACCGCUGCCGGGUCGACUUCCAGCUCAGUCCGACCCGCAACCAGCGGGUUCGGCUGACAGUCAUCAUUCCGCCCAGCCCGCCAGUGGUGACCUUCCGCGGUCGGCCCGUGUCCGGCAAGAUCGGCCCCCUGGCGGAGGGCGAGCCUCUCGAAGUCACUUGCCUCUCGCACGGUGGCUACCCGGCCCCGCGGGUCACGUGGUCCCGUGACGACCGCCUAUUGGACGACUCGGACGGACCGGACGGGUCAGGGCGGGUCAUCAACGUGCUGCGGCUGCCUCCUCUGGGUCGCGAGGACCUGCACACCCGGCUGGUCUGCUCGGCUACCAACAACAACAUCAGUCGACCGGUCACCACCCAGGUCGUCCUCGACAUGUACUUCCGGCCGCUGGAUGUGGAGAUUCUUGGCUCGUCCAGGGCGUCUAUGCAGUCGGGCAUGCUGUACGCGCUCGUGUGCCGCACGUACGGCUCCAGACCGCCGGCCAACAUCUCCUGGUGGGUUCAAGACCGGCGCGUUCUGGGAGCCCAGCUCACGGAGUCCGGACUGGGCAACAUCACCAGCAGCACGCUGCCCUUCAAGCCGCGCCCCACCGACAACGGCCUGGUCUCGGGCGGCACGAUCGAGGAUAAGAGGCUGCUCAACGUCAGGUUCCCGCCCAUCAUCAGUUUGCGGCUCGGUAAUGCACUGGACGCCGAGAACAUCCGGGAGGGUGCCGACGUCUACUUCGAGUGCAACGUCCGGGCCAACCCGGCCGUCUACAGCACCGUCUGGUCACAUAACGAGAGGCCGGUGCGGCCGAGCCCGCGCGCCGGCGUCAGCGACAUGGUCAGCAUCAACGAGCGCAGCCUGGUGAUCCGCAACCUGAGCCGCCGCUCGGCCGGCGCGUACCGGUGCCGGGCGGCCAACCCGGAGGGCGAGGCUGUUAGCCGGCUCGUCCACCUCAGCGUCAAGUACGCGCCCGUGUGUGUGUCGGGCCAGAAGAGCCGGUACGGCAGGGCCCGGAACGAGGCGGCGCGCGUCACAUGUCAGGUGGAGGCCAGUCCGGCGGACGUCAUCUUUAGGUGGCAGUUCAACAGCUCGGCAGAGACGCUCGACCUGCCAUUCUCACAGAUUGUCUCACGGGGCCUGGAAAGCCGCUCCUCCUACACGCCCAAGACGGAGCUGGACUACGGCACGCUGCUCUGUACGGCGGAGAACGACAUCGGUCCCAUGGUCAAGCCCUGCGUCUUCAACAUUGUUCCUGCUGGUCCUCCGGAGCCGUUGCGGAACUGCACCGUCAUCAACCAGACGUCCGACUCGCUGGAGGUGAAGUGUGCGGCCGGCUUCGACGGCGGUCUGCCGCAGUACUUCGUGGCCGAGCUGUUUGACGUGGCUGGCCGGCGGCUGGUACGCAACCUCACCCGGCCCUUCCCCCACUUCGCGCUGUACGCGGCCAACAGCCGCGGACGCAGCCGAGCCAUCACGCUGGACGGCUUCACGCUGAAGGCGGCCGAGAAGCGCAUCAGCAGCAGCAGCGGCGGCGGCGGCGGCGGCACGGACCAGCCUGCAGAACCGGCGGAGGAGCAGCGGUUCACUGUGACGCCGAUCCUGGGCGUCCUGAUCGGCAUCGUGGCCUCCCUCAUCAUUGUCGCCAUCGGCGUGGUGGCGUGCAUCAAAGGCAGCAGUCGAAGCCGAAGAAAACCGACGGUCCAGACGCAUCUUUUAAACUCAUCCGUGAAAGUCAAGCAGAGAUCGGCGGCUGUUGACACAGAGGUCGGAGCUAAGCUCUACGACACGGACCGGAAUCCGGACGUCGUACCGAACAUGUCCGCAUCCAGUUACGAGCCAGUGCCGACGCCACAUCUGCUGAAUCACCUGAACGUGAAUUCAACGAGGAGACAUUCUCUUACGUCAGGCCUCCUUCCCGGCAGCCCCCACAAGGGCAAUGUCAUCCAGGAAAGCAUCAACGAUGGGGACCUGACCCUGACGAGGCCGGGCCGGGACGGCAGGGGUGCAGUCCUCACGUUCGGCACCUUCAACCCGCGACGGCACACCAUGGUGCGGACGCUCCCUAGAAAAGACCGAGAGAGUGUGGUGUAGGAUGGAGUGCGGUGCAGGGCAGUCGGCCUUACCAUUGAUGACCGAGAGGGUGUGGUGUAGGACGGAGUGCGGUGCAGGGCAGUCGGCCUUACCCCUGAUGACCGAGAGAGUGCAGAUAAGGCACUGAGCCUGGCCGGUGGUGACCGGGAGUUCGGUGAGGCAUGACCAUCCUCGUCGGUGGUGACCGGGAGUUCGGUGAGAGGUGGCCAUCCUCGCUAGUGAUGACCGGAAGUUCGGGGAGUUCGGUGAAAGGAAGCCAUCCUCGCCAGUGGUGACCGGGAUUUCGGUGAGGGGUAGCCAUCCCCCCUAGCGAUGACCGGGAGUUCGGUGAGGGGUGGGCAUCCUUGCCAGCGGUGACCGGGAGAGGGCGUCAUGUCACGACUGGCAUUGACCCUCACUGUGAUAGCGGUCCCCGACGGCAGAGCUAAGGGCGCCCAGCGCCUCUGCCGCCGGCUGAGACUUCCUGAGGUUACGUGCCGGCCAGUGUUGUGCGCUGUGAGCGUGCAUCAGCUGCUCGCCCGUGCAGAGCCAGCCCCCAGCGGGGGCGAAAGCUCACCGACAGAUGGUGGGGCGGGUGGUGAAGCUCACUGUGGCACGGCCGCGAGUGGCCGCGAUGUAAGAGCCGUGCGCCGUCACUGUCGCUGUGUUGCGUCUGGGGUCUCAAUGUUCGCGGCAGUAGCGUCCAGACACGUCUUGGCUUCCGCUGAAUGGGCAGAGGUAUGGUGCUGGGGGCUGCGGCUGGUGCGUUGUCACACACAGUGUGUCAUCUACUGCAGGUGCGUUGUCACACACAGCGCGUCAUCCGCUGCCCGUGUGUUGUCAGAUACAGUGCGUCAUCUGCUGCUGGUGUAUUGUCACACAGUGUGUCAUCCGCUGCUCGUGUUUUGUCAGAUACAGUGUGUCAUCUACUGCUCGUAUGCCGUCAGAUACAGUCUCAUCUGCUGCUGGUGUAUUGUCACACACAGUGUGUCAUCUGCUGCUGGUGUGUUGCCAGAUAUAGUGCCAUCUGCUACUCGUGUGUUGUCACACACAGUGUGUCAUCUGCUGCUCGUGUGUUGUCAGAUACAGUGUGUGGUCUGUGACUGGUGAGUUUUCAGCCAGUUGCGGCCGGUGUGUUGUCAGGUACAGUGCAUCAUCUGCGACAGCUGUGUUGUCAGUCAUCUGCAGCUUGUGUGUUGUCAGCCACAAUGUCAUCUGAGGUUGGUGUGUGGUCAGACACAGUGUCAUCUGCUGUCGCGCUAUGUUUGAUAGAAGCGACUGUGCUGUCAUUUAUGAGUGUUUUAUCGGACCUUUUCCGUGCCGACAGCUGGAUAGGAUGACCAAUUUACAAAUGGGGUUCAGUUGUUGCGGUGGUCGGCCAUAAUGCAAUCAGUUCCACAAUACGACGCGAAAGAGUAAAGAGGGCCAAAAUACGGCAUUGCAUCAUGCAUCUCAAAUGCUGCACCAGGUGUUUUUGCCAACUGAUUGGAUCAUUUUUCAUCCCUCGAAGCAGGUACAAGCCUGGGCUGCUUUCGACCUGGCAAAUUUUACCACAGCAUGUUUUUUCACAGCGCUUAUUAUUGGGCACACUAGCGUAACGUGUCACCGUGCGUUGAGGGUCACAUGCAGCGCGUGACUGAACUCGCCAGUCGGUGCGUCUAGUCUGUUUUGGAAAACUUAUUGUUGUCAGUGGCAUGCCGACCUGAAUUCGUAUUACCAGCGACUGCACAAUCCGACCUCAACGGGACUCCAACGGAUUUAGGCUGCGAUUGGUCAUGCCCCGACUAGAGGACUGGACACAUAACAGGCCAGCCGAGUUUUGCAGUCAGCACUCUCCGAAAUUGCAUCGCGCGAAUCACGAAGGGCUUAAAAUCGGGAAUCGUUGGAAUGUCAUCAGAUACAUGCUGCGGAAGUGGAUUUCAUGAUGGAAUGCGGGUGUCUCCUAAAUUUGUAUACACUAAAAGCUGAGUGAUAGUAAAAAGGAAAAGCCUUUUCCAUUAUGCAGCCCGUGUGCUGAGACAAUUUCCCAACAGCUUUCAGUUUGCAACCUGGCUCACAACAUUCAUAAUUUGUUGUUUUCCAACCGGAGUGCAUCGAGUAGAUUUUGUCUUCGCUGGACGUAAUGUUAGAGCUUUUCAAUCGCAGGCAUUCGAGUUUCAUACAGUCACGUUACUGACGUGACUAAACCAUGUCACAUGCAUCAGCUCAUCACUCACCACCUUCACCCGCGAUUUCC